AUGGACUCCUCUGCAGUUUCUACAGGCCAAGGCGAAAUCUUCCAAACAGAGGGGGACAAUAACGCAUCUCCCACCGGAAAGCGUCCGUCCUCUCGCCGUAACCGAUCUUUAUCGUACUCAUCCUCUUUCCGAUCAUCAUCUUCCUCUAGCUCAUCAUUAUCCUCUCCGAAUUACCCCGUCGACUCGCCGUCGAGCCCACUCUCUUCACAUCACUUCUCCGGUACCGGUAUCCCUUUCUCGUGGGAAAAACACCCCGGAAUUCCAAAGAAUUCCACGGUUCCUCGUACGUCGUUGUCCAAGUACAAGGACCAGUCUCUGGUUCUACUCCCAUUACCUCCUGCCACCUCUCCAACCCCUUCGAAAAGAUUCAACUUCGAAGGCUUAUUUUGGACCCGAAAGAAGGGCUCCAACGGAAGCCUCCGAAAGGACCCAUUCAUCGCCGCGUUAAUGGAAUGUUCCAAGGAUCAACGAGAUCAGGAGGGCGUUGAUGAUUAUUCGAAGAACUCAAAGGUGUCAAGAACACUAAGUGACAGGUUCGGGUUCAUUGAUCUACAUGCUUCCUGCAAGAGGAGUUGUGCUGUUACAGAAGCUAAAGUGCUUAUUCCCCGGUCGAGCCAAGCUUCUUUCGAUCUAGUGAAUCGUCGGUACCGGUCUGGCUGA